AUGAGUUCAGUUCUAGUAAAAUUUUUUGCUAUUAUUACACUUGAUUUUUCCUGCCUUUCUUUUUACUCGGUGUUUUUUUUCUCUUUCUUUGUCUUACUUUCCUCUUUUACUUUCUCUCUUUUUUUGACUUCUUGCUCUUUUCCACAUCUUUCUUUUUCUUUUUUUGCUCCCCUCUUGGGUUUUUUUCUUCCUCCCCUCUUGGGUUUUUUUCUUCCUCCCCUCUUGGGUUUUUUUCUUCCUCCCCUAUUUCUUUUGCUUUUUCCUCUUUUCUUGCUUUCUCCUACUCUCUUAGUUGUUUUUGUCUCAUUUUCUCCUCACAAUCUCUCUUUCCCUCCUCUCUCACUUUUCCACCUCUCUUUUUCUUUUGCUCCUCUCUUUUUCUUUUCCUCCCUUCUCACAUUCUCUUUUUCCUCCCUCUUGCUUCUCCUACUCUCUUGCUUGUUUUUUUCUCUCUCUUCUUCUCACCUUCUCUCUCUCUUCUUCUCACCUUCUCUCUCUCUUCUUCUCACCUUCUCUCUCUCUUCUUCUCACCUUCUCUCUCUCUUAAAAAACCUCUCUCUCUCUCUCUCUGAGAUCAUUUUCUCUCUCUCUCUCUCUUCUCUCCUUCUCUCUCUUUUCUUUCUCAUUUUCUCUUCUCUCUUCUCACCUUCUCUCUCUCUCUCUUCUUCAUUCUCAUUCUCUCUCUUCUCUUCUCUCUCUCUCUCUCUUUGUAAAAUUCUCUCUUUCAUUCUCUUUCUCUCUCUCUCUCUCUCUUCAAAAAUCCUUCUCUCUCUCUCUCUCUUCUCUCUCUCUCCUUCUCUCUUCUUCUCUCUCUUCUCUCUUCUCUCUCUCUCUCUCUCUUCUCUCUCUCUCAACUCUCUAAUUUCUCUCUCAACAAAAAAACCUUCUCUCUCUCUUUUUCACCUUCUCUGA